UUGAAAUGUGGAAAGUACGUACAAGAAUGUUAACAGUAUUGAAGCAAAUUGCAGUCAUUUUAGUUCUCCUGUGUCUACAGUACUGCUUAUCUGAUCCGUGUCCGUCACCAUGCUGGUGUUUAUAUAAUAACACAACUGUUGUGUGUAACCAAACAGGGAUAACAGCAAUACCAAAAGGUUUACCCAGAAAUACGAUAGCAUUGCUUCUAAGGUCCAACGAAAUCUCGCACAUACCGAAGGCUGCAUUUGAUGGACUAUACCAGCUUAGUUACAUAGACAUGACAAGAAAUAAGUUACAAGAUAAUAGCAUUGAAAGAGGAGCAUUUAAUUUGUCAAGCAUAGACAUGAUAGACUUGUCGGCAAAUCUCUUUACCUCAAUUCCACAAGAACUUCCACCAAAACUUUUAACUUUGAAUUUCUACAACAACCCUAUUUCGACACUUAAGACCAAUAGUUUCGUACAUGCAACAUCCAUACAAUACCUUAACAUGCUCGCAAAUCAAAUAUAUACAGCCGAGGAACAUGCCUUUGAUCCAUUGAUAAAUGUUCGAGUGAUCGACUUAAGUUCAAACAGUCUUAACGAUAGCAGUUUAAGUCCGAAAGCGUUCUCCAAAAAUUUGAAGCUAAAUGAAUUGAGUUUAAACUAUAAUCAGAUGCAAGCUAUACCAGAUACAUCCUAUCUUCCAAGUUCUUUACAAAAAUUAAAUAUAUAUGGUAACGAGAUAACAAUGAUACCGUCAUAUGCAUUCAAAUCAUUGUCGAACCUAACAAACUUGGCAGUAGCACAGGGAACCAUUAACUCUAUUGAAGACAAUGCGUUUUUCGGCUUAGACAAUCUAAGGUUCCUUGAUUUAAGUCAAGGACAUUUGUCGGGUACAAUAACACAUUUAACAUUUAAUGGUCUGGUGUCACUACAAGGCUUGUCACUAGACAUAAAUAACGUUUCUAAAAUUGAAGCAGGAGCUUUUUAUCCUAUGAAAAAUCUACAAGAACUUGGACUUAGUGAGAAUAAAUUGAUGGCAAUAGAGCCUGCAGUACUGGAUACAACGUUUAUUCCGAAAUUAUCAGCAGUUUAUAUUUACGGAAAUCCAUGGACAUGUGAUUGUCAUUUAAGAUGGCUGAGGGAGAAAAUGGACAAUGCUUCUUACAAAGUAGGCUCUCCUAGUCUUACUGACUGUGCAGGGCCUCUCAAUGUCGCGGGAAAGACAUGGGCGGAUCUUAAACCAAGUGAUUUUGUUUGUAAAUAAAACAGAAAUUGCAACGAAUUCUUGUUUAUUGUCAUGAUUGUGAGUUAAUAGGUAGAAAA